AUGGUUCUAACAUGUAGAAAAUCUAAUGACUUAUACCAACCAAAACGGACAGACAGAGUAAAUGUCCCACAACCAACCAAACGGACAGGCAGGGUAAAUGCCCCACAACCAACCAAACGGACAGACAAGACAGACAGGACAGAAGUCCUACAACCAACCAAACAGACAGACAGGAUAGAAGUCCCACAACCAACCAAACGGACAGACAGGAUAGAAGUCCCACAACCAACCAAACAGACAGACAGGAUAGAAGUCCCACAACCAACCAAACAGACAGACAGGAUAGAAGUCCUACAACCAACCAAACAGACAGACAGGAUAGAAGUCCUACAACCAACAAAACAGACAGACAGGACAGAAGUCCUACAACCAACCAAACAGACAGACAGGAUAGAAGUCCCACAACCAACCAAACAGACAGACAGGAUAGAAGUCCUACAACCAACAAAACAGACAGACAGGAUAGAAGUCCUACAACCAACCAAACAGACAGACAGACAGGUUAGAAGUCCCACAACCAACCAAACAGACAGACAGGACAGAAGUCCUACAACCAACCAAACAGACAGACAGGACAGAAGUCCCACAACCAACCAAUCAGACAGACAGGAUAGAAGUCCCACAACAAACCAAACAGACAGACAGGAUAGAAGUCCCACAACCAACCAAACAGACAGACAGGAUAGAAGUCAUACAACCAACCAAACAGACAGACAGGACAGAAGUCCCACAACCAACCAAACAGACAGACAGGACAGAAGUCCUACAACCAACCAAACAGACAGACAGGAUAGAAGUCCCACAACCAACCAAACAGACAGACAGGAUAGAAGUCCCACAACCAACCAAACAGACAGACAGACAGGGUAA